UCGUGUAAGCCCGUGUUACAUUCUAGACUGAUCGGAUUAUGAUUCUGUUGACAUGCGUAAAUACGCAUGUUAAUGAGUGUAGGCUAGUGCGCGCGGGGCGGGGUCGCUCCAGCUGCGGUGGUCCACGGGGCUGAUGCUGAUGGAUCCAGCUUGACAGAACAAGGUUAUCCACCAGGAGAGAGAGAGAGAGCCCGUCCAUUUUCCUCAUCAGCUUCUCGCUCGCAGUGAAGCAACUCUCCGCACGCUCGCGCCACGGAGCGCGUCCCCGGGACUCCGCUUCUCCGCGCACGGCAGACUCCAGGUUGCCGCGCCCAACAGAUCCCGGGAUGCGACCGAUUCCUGCAGCUGGCUGGGAUGCAGUGCGCCUCAGAAGCUGAAAUAAUGUCAUUUGACGGGAAUAACGCCUCGCUGUCACUUUGCUAAUACGAGGAACGCGACGGGAGAGCCGCUUUUCAUUUGCCGCACAUAACCGGAAAAGUCAUUUGCAUGGAUCUAAUUAGCCUUUCCCGAUCAUUCACGUGUCAACUUUUUCCUCUGACCAUGUGAAUCUGGGAAAUGCAUUCAAUGCAUCACAUUAGAGCGUUUUUCUAACAUCUUCAGCACACUGACUCGUUGAAGAUGCAGAUGCUGCUUUUAAGAACGAUCUUUGUCAUUGCAGGAUGUCCACAUGUUUUGUUGCACGGAGAAACCAGUAAUGCACGUACCAAAGAAACAGGCAGGGUUACUCUUAGGAGCCUUCAUGAAACGAAAGCCAGCGGCACACACCCUCCGAGGCACCGAGCCGCAGGUACACCUGCCUUUGACAUCAAACACACUUCAGGAGACAACAGGAACUGGUCCUCGUAUCUCUGGAGUGCAGGUAAACCAGUUCACCUAAAAAAUGUCAAGUCGGCCACAGAUAGUGCCACAAACCUACAUAAGCGCUUGCGGCGACAUAAAAGGAAAAAGUUGAAUGGUGAGAUGCCUGCUACCAUGGGAACAGCAGAUGGACACAAUAACUCUAAGCCAUAUUCAAUGAGCAAGAGAGGAGACCGCGAGAGAAACCACAGACGCAAAAGAGGCACAAAGGAACACCACAAGAAAGCGUUUAAGAGGGGCCCGAAUAAAAGCACGGCCUCUUUGACACCAGUGGAAAGUUAUUAUAACGCCCUGACGUCCUCUUUAGCCCUGUGGGAACCCAUGCCCAAGCCUCAAGCCCUCACCUCCACAGAUUUCCCCUUCGAUCUCACCAGAUAUACCGAAUUCCACACCAAACAGAUCGACGACCCAUGGGACGCCACGCCAAUGACCCCUCCGUACGCCGAGGACGAGGAGAGCGAAUUCUUCCCCAAUCCUUUCUACCCCGUCACCAGCGAGACGUAUGGGGCAUAUGCCAUCACCAUCGUUUCGCUCCUCAUUUUUGCAGUUGGAGUAACGGGGAAUGUAGCAAUAAUGUGUGUCGUGUGCCAUAACUACUACAUGAGGAGUAUCUCCAACGCUCUUCUGGCGAACCUGGCCAUCUGGGACUUUGCACUGCUGUUGUUUUGCCUGCCGCUCGUGGUGUUUCACCAACUCACAAAGACCUGGCUGUUGGGCCAGUUCACCUGUAAAGUCAUACCAUAUAUUGAGGUGGCGUCUCUCGGCGUGACCACCUUCACGCUCUGCGCUCUGUGCAUCGACCGCUUCCGCGCCGCGACCAACGUCCAGAUGUACUACGAGAUGAUCGAGAACUGCACCUCCACCGCUGCCAAACUAGCCGUCAUCUGGAUCGGCGCGUUACUCCUCGCCCUCCCCGAGCUCCUGAUUCGCCAGCUGGUGUCGGAAAACGGCGACGGCGCGUUAGAAUCAGAACGCUGCCUAAUCCGUAUCUCCACCUCCCUGCCCGAUACGCUAUACGUGCUCGGCUUGACGUACGAAGGCGCGCGUUUGUGGUGGUGUUUCGGCUGCUACUUCUGCCUGCCGACGCUCUUCACCAUCGGGAGUUCGGUUGCGACGGCCCGGCGGAUCCGACGUGCCGAGCGCGGCUGCGCAAGAGGCAACAAGAAGCAAAUCCGAUUGGAAAGCCAAAUGAACUGCACCGUCGUGGCGCUAGCCAUCGUGUACGGGGCGUGUGUGGUGCCGGAGAACGUGUGCAACAUGGUUUCGGCGUACAUGGCGGCCGGGGUCCCGCAGAGCACCAUGGCUCUGUUGCACUUGAUCAGUCAGUUGCUGCUGUUCUUACGGGCCGCCGUGACGCCGGUUCUGUUGCUCUGCUUGUGCCGACCCUUCGGACGGGCGUUCCUCGAGUGUUGCUGUUUCUGCUGUGGGAUCUCGACACACUCCUCGGCCACCGCGAGCGACGACAACGAGCACGAGUGCACGACUGAACUGGAGCUGUCGCCGUUCAGCACGAUCCGCCGAGAGAUGUCCAACUACACCGCCACUGGAUCCCACUGUUGAGUCCAACACCUUGUUCAACACAAGCAGGGGUGCCACUAGCAAGUUUAGGGCUGCACGAUAAUCGCAGUCAACAUGAAACCGAUUUGGUUUAUCGCGAUUUUGAAAUCAUUAUUAGUUAUGUGCAGCUUGUCAGUGAAGCACGGCUCCGUCUGAAAGCACUGCGAGUUUGAGUCUUU